GAAAUCUCUCACCAACCUGUCCCCGCACAUCGGAAGUGCGCCGAAGCCGCGGCACAUUGGAUGUCUGACAAUCGCCUCCCAUUGACUCUGUUCAACGAUCACAUCGCUUCCUAAACAUCUUCCUGCAUUCUUUCCUCCCUCCCUCUCUGCCCCAGCCUCCAAGAAAUGUCCAAGGCAACCCCCAACCCAGUGGCUUCGACCUACGGACCUCCUCCCACAUCGAGUGGCGGGUCCACGGCCCAUUCGAUACCGCACCCCGAACCCAUAUCCUCGAGUACGCACCAUAUAGCCGGGAUUCUCGUGACGGUUUUCGGUCUUGAUGAGGUGCCCUGGGGCACCACCGACAUCGCCGUCCUCUGGCUGCUGCACCCGCGUCUGCAAACGCAGGCAUGCAUGGCGCCGUUUGCGGCGCACAUCAUCUCGGAGUGGAACAAGCACCAGGCGAAGUCACGGAGCGGGCGAGGCAAGAAGAAGGGCCUGAUUGCCGCGUCGUUCGACCAACGGAACCACGGCUCGCGCCUGGUGUCCGCGAUCGCCAACGAGGCCUGGCGGUCCGGGAACGAGCACCACGCCCUGGACAUGUUCAGCUGCUACGCGGGCACCGCGCUCGACACGUCGCUGCUGCUGGACUACCUGCCGGGGUACAUCUUCGGCGGCGCGAGCGACCCGAGGCGGAUCGUGCAGAACCUCGUCCUGGGCAUCAGCCUCGGCGGCCACGCGGCGUGGCACGUCCUCAUGCACGACCCGCGCAUCUCGGCCGCCGUCGUCACCAUCGGCUGCCCGGACUACACGCGCCUGAUGACCGACCGCGCGCGACUGUCGAAGCGCAAGACCUACACGUCCUCGUCCCCGCCGGGGCGCGACUUCCUGGGCUCCGCGGACUUCCCGCCCGCGCUGGUGGACGCGAUCAAGAAGUCCGACCCCGCCGGGUUGAUCUGGUCGCUGCCCGGGCUGAACUGGCGAAAGGACCAAGAAAAACUGCACGCCGACCUGACCGAGGAGGAGAGGGCCGUUCUGCUGCCCGUCAUGACGAGGUGUUUUGGCAACAAGCGCCUCUUGAACCUCUCUGGCGGAGCGGACAAAUUGGUGCCCUACGCCCAUUCGAAGCCGUUUAUAGACUGGCUCAAGGCGAUCAGUGGGAAGGGGGGCUGGUUCGAGGGCAGUGGCUUUGUGCUGGAGGAUGUCGUCUUCGAAGGGAUCGGGCAUGACGUGCCCAGCAGCAUGGUGCCGCACAUGGUCAGAUUUGUGACCGAGACGCUGGAAGAUGAGGGCGUCGCCGCAAUGGAGAUGGGUGGAGGAGCAGCGAGGUUGGGCAGUAAAAUAUAACAAUAGAACGGGUUCACGGUUUGAGGCACAUGCAUAGAAUGUCAUUUGUGCCAAUCGAGUCUUGUGACUGACAAUGCAUCCCUCGUGGCAGGCGAUGACUUUGAUGGACAGCUGAUGUGCGAAUGUGCCACUAUCAUCUUGCGACAUC